UGAUAUAUUGAUUUAAUCUCUCACAAAUUAAACACUGCACAUACUACGUGAUAUGAUGCUGAAAGCUAUGGAAGGACAAGGCGGCUGCGCGAGGUCGGUGAGGAUGACGAGGAAGGCGGAGAUCGACACAAGUCCGCCGUUCCGGUCGGUGAAGGAGGCUGUCAUGAUGUUCGGCGACACUCUUCUCGCCGGCGAACUCUAUGCCACCAAACUCAAACAGAUGAAUGAUGAGUUUGGAUCGGGCAAAAACGGCGGCGUUCCAAUGGCGGAGCUGGGAAACGUAACGGCGGAGCUGGAGGAGACAAAGCAAACCCUAGAAAAAGCUCAAGAAGAAAGCCUGAUAAUGGCGACAUGUCUCUCCUCUUUACAAGACGAGCUGGAGCGGACCAAGAAGGAGCUCCGCCAACUCAAGGCGGAGCAAAAGAAAUCCGACCAAUCAGCGCCGCCGCCGCCGGCGGAAGAAGAAAACCUCAAAUCCAUCGAGGUCUCCUCCGAAUUCGAUCUCAAAUCCGCAGAUCCGACAAAACCGGAAAACAAUAAUAAUAACAUAGAGUUUCAGAAGAAGAGAUACGUGACUUUCGCGAACCCGCCGUCCGUCGUCGCUCGCGUCAUGGUGCCGGAAAGUGACGACGCCCGGCUCGAGAGGCUCCCGUCGAUGAAGAAGAAGAAGAAGAGAUCGUCCAUCCCGCUCAUCGGAGGGCUUCUCUCCAGGAUCAAGGGUGCUGCAACAGCAAGAGCUUGAGCGCAUUUAUGCAUGCAUGGAAACUAUGGAAGUCAUGAAAUUAUCAUAUCAUAUAUAUAAUGUCUUUUUCAUAGUUAAUAAUCAUGUCGGUCGUUUAAUUUUGAUUAUUAAUAAUAUAAGUAAACCUCGUACCAAAGACAUGUAUUGUUGCUUGAAUAAUGUGGAUGAGUAUAUUGUAUUCCAUUAUCUCUUUCCAAGUUUAAUUUAUAUAUGAGUUCUAAUUUUUCUACCUCCUCAA